AUGCAGAGUCCAGUCUAUGAAAACGAGGCAGGUAAUGGUACCCAGGUGUCCGGACUGCUGAGCUCCUACUCCAUCUGGCUCCUCACCCUGCUGUCCCGGAUCGGGUGUGGGGUGUCUGUGUGCUGUCUCGCUUUGGUCAUCACCUUCCAUGCAAUAUACAGGUGGCAUAAUUCUGAGCAUUCUCUCAGUAUCCACAUCCACCUUUGUGUGGCGCUGCUGGGCCUGAACCUUUCCUUCCUCGCCAACGACAGCAUGACCUCCCUAAACAACCACGGAGUCUGUAUCUUCAUCGCCGCGGCGACACACUACUCCCUCCUCUGCACCAUCACCUGGUUCGCCAUAGAGGGCUUUCACCUCUACUGGCUCGUAAUCCGUGUCUUCAACGUCUACAUCAGGAGAUACCUGCUCAAACUGGCUCUGGUGGGCUGGGGGUUACCUGCAGUGGCUGUCAUAUCGAUCCUAAGCUGCGGAAAGUAUGGGAAGUACAACAUUUACCAGCUUGAGGGUGGCGCAGUAACAAUGUGUUACCUGCCUGAAUCGGUACUGCUCAGCAUCACCUUCAGCUUCUUCGCCCUGGUGGUCCUGCUGAACCUGCUGGUGUUUGUGGCAGUGACUGUGCAUGUUGUGCGUGCGCGGAGGCUAAGCCUCGCCCAGCAGGAGCGGCACAUCACUCGGAAGGACAUAUUCAGCCUGAUGGGGGUCUCCUGGCUUCUGGGGCUGUCCUGGGGGGUGCUGCUCUUCCCGGUCAGCCCUCUGAAGGAAGUCAUCUUCUACAUAUUCUGCAUCCUUAACUCCCUCCAUGGUGUCUUUGUGUGCGUGCGCUAUUUCACUCUCCACCGCCGGCCGAAGGAAUCCCCCGGGACCAUGCUGUCAACAGUAACCACCACCACAGACAGCGUCGCAAGUGCCUCUGUCAACAAUAGGGAACGUACCGAAAAUAUAUACAACUGAAAUAUAACUAUCCAGACUUAAAAGUUACUCAAAUGAUAGACGUACUAAGCAAAUCUUAAACUGGAAUUUUUCAGUUAUCCUUGGGUUUGGGAGCUCUCGGCAACAUUUGGGGAGUCUGUACUCUCUCAUAUUCCAAGAUUGAAAUUGGUCCCAUUUCACAGACACAGAUUAGGCAUAGUCGUCAGCUGAAUUCAAUUUUGAUUGGAGAGUCUCAAUACAAAAUAUACUUCAGUCCAGGACAAUCUGUGUCUGUCAAACCGACUCAUUUUCCUGCAGCGGUAAUAAGCUUAAAACAAUAUUGUUUCAGAACGAUAGAAAUACAUUGGCAGAAAUUUAAAUUAAGAGCAUUAGGGGCCAGUUUCACAGACACUCAUUAAGCCAAGUCCUAGACGAAAUUCACAUUUAAAAAAAAAAAAAAUUUUUUAGGCCUUUUUCAGCUUUAUUGGACAGUAUAUAGUAUAGAGAGACAGGGGAAGACAUACGACAAAUGUCGGACGGUCGGAUUCGAACCGCCGACGUCGCGGCUCGCAAUGAGCAUGCAGUCAGUGCUCUACAGGCUGCGCCACCGAGACACCCACUAAAUUCAGAUUUUAGUCCAAUACUGUCUGUUGAAGGAAGUGUUUGUUGUGUGAUUUAGAGAGAGAAUUCAUAUUUUAUGACCAUGAUUUAAGGGUUAAUCAUUUUGUGUACUAAAUAUCAGUAAGCUUCAAUAUAUGUUCACUAACAAACCUUUCUAGGCAGCCCAGUUUCCAAAUAUCUAUGUCAAUGUAUAUUUCAAUGUCUAUUGUAUUCACUUUCCAUAAAAACAUCAUAUGUCAAAUUUCCUAACUGGAAUUUUGGUCUUUUGUUAUAAUUAAGAUGAUUUAUGUUUUUUGUUUCCUUUUUCUCCAGUAAAAAGUUAUUUUGUUCUAGAUUUUCCGUUGAAAAAAAAAAACAGAAUAUUUAACAGUUUUCCCCUUAAAGGUACAAUAGGUAAGAUUUUUGUGUUAAAACAUUGUUACAAGACCAUUGUAAAUCCCUUCCUUUCGUUGAAAAGUCUCACCGACAUGUUGACUCACCCUCUGCCAGUGGUUAUAGUCCUUAAGUUUGGAUUUAAAAUAUGCAGUUGAUGGGCCAGCACUCUGUCCCAAAACAUUGAUAG